UUGUAGAUCAAUAUUAUUAGAUUAAAAUAUUCGUAAGCAGUAAUCAACUGACCAAAGAAGAGUAGGUGUGCGUGUGGAUCAUUUGAAAAUAAAAAUACGGGUCUGGUAGUCGGAUCGGGUCGGGCUGGGCCGGGCCGCGGCUGUUGCACUUCCAUUUCCUCCUAAGUCCUACCUACCUACCCCCAAAUCUCCCGGAUAUAUUUAUCAUUUAUUUUUUCUUUCCCCAAAUAAACUUCUUAUUUCUCUUCUUUCUUCAAUCCAAAUUACUUCUGAACAAAAACAAAAAACCAGAGCAAAAUCCAAAUCCAAAUCCAAAUUCAAAUCCAAAUCCAGAUUCAAAAUCCAAAUCAGAAGAAUAAUCAGUUAAUUCAACGCAGAAGAAUGUUGUCGGUGGCUUCUGUUGAGACGACUCAGAAUCCAGAGCUUUCUUCUUCGCUUGCUGCUCUGCCGCAGCAGAAUCAAGCAUCGGAGACUCAUGUGUUCGUCUCCAAAUUACCGACGAUCCCGAUUUCGAAUCACCUGCCUCUCCACACCUACUGCUUCGAGAAUCUCUCGCAGUAUCCUGACCGGACUUGCCUUUUGGUCGGCAGCACCGGAAAAUCGUACUCCUUCGCCGAGACGCAUCUACUAUGCCGGAGAGUGGCCGCCGGUUUGUCGAAGCUCGGGAUCGGCAAGGGCGACGUCGUUAUGGCGCUCCUCCAGAACUGCGCCGAGUUCGUCUUCACUUUCAUGGCGGCUUCCAUGAUCGGCGCGGUUACCACCACGGCGAAUCCUUUCUGCACCGCCAACGAGAUUUUCAAGCAGUUUAACGCCUCCAAAUCGAAGGUGAUUGUCACCCACGCGCAGUACGUCGACAAGCUCCGCGAUGCAGGGGAUAAUAAUUACCCUGUGUUCGGCGAGGAUUUCGCCGUCGUCACGAUCGACGGUCCGCCGGAGGGGUGCUUGCACUUCUCGGUGCUUUCCGAGGCGAACGAGGACGACGCGCCGGCGGUGGAGAUCGAUCCGAGCGACGCCGUCGCGCUGCCGUUUUCCUCCGGCACCACCGGAUUGCCGAAGGGAGUGGUUUUGACUCACAGAAGCCUGAUCACGAGCGUCGCGCAGCAAGUCGACGGCGAGAACCCUAAUUUGCACCUGAAGUCCGACGACGUCGUUCUGUGCGUUCUGCCGUUAUUUCAUAUCUACUCGUUGAAUUCCGUGCUGCUGUGUUCGCUUAGGGCGGGGGCGGGGAUUCUGCUGAUGCCGAAAUUCGAGAUCGGCUCGCUGCUGGAGCUGAUUCAGAAGCACCGUGUGACGGUGGCGGCGGUGGUGCCGCCGCUGGUUUUGGCGUUGGCGAAGAAUCCGAUGGUGGAUAAGUUCGAUUUGAGCUCGAUUAGAAUGGUGUUGUCCGGGGCGGCGCCGCUGGGGAAGGACCUUGAGGCGGCGCUCCUCAGCCGCGUGCCGCAGGCGGUUUUCGGACAGGGUUAUGGCAUGACCGAGGCGGGUCCCGUGUUAUCUAUGUCCCCUUCUUUCGCGAAGCAGCCAUUACCCACGAAAUCAGGCUCGUGUGGCAAUGUGGUUCGUAAUGCUGAGCUCAAAGUGGUCGACCCGGAAACUGGCUGCUCUCUCCCUCGCAACCAGCCCGGUGAAAUUUGCAUACGUGGACCUCAAAUCAUGAAAGGGUAUUUGAACGACGAUGAGGCCACCGCUAGAACCAUCGACGUGGAUGGAUGGCUACACACCGGCGACAUUGGCUUCGUAGAUGAUGAUGAUGAUGUUUUCAUUGUAGAUAGAGUUAAAGAACUCAUCAAAUUCAAAGGCUUUCAGGUGCCACCAGCUGAGCUGGAGGCUCUUCUCAUAAGCCACCCGAAUAUUGCUGAUGCCGCAGUUGUCCCGCAAAAAGAUGAGGCCGCGGGUGAAGUACCAGUGGCGUUUGUGGUCCCGUCGAAUGGGUUCGAACUAACGGAAGAAACGGUAAAAGAAUUUGUGUCGAAACAAGUGGUGUUCUACAAGAGAUUGCACAAAGUGUACUUUGUUCAUGCAAUUCCGAAAUCACCAGCUGGUAAAAUUUUGAGGAAAGAUUUGAGAGCCAAACUUGCAGCACCAACAUCCUCUUCUUCUUGAUCAUUACAUUCAUUAAUAUUAUUAUUACUACAUAUAUAAAUUUUAUUUUUAAAGUAAUUUAUUAUUAUUAUUUUUUUCUUGAGAUGAAAUUAAUAUUGUACUACUACUUACUGCCUCGUCGUGUAUUAUUUAUUUAAAUAUCGUCUUGCGGAAUGUAUAAAUCGUGUGACUGUGAUGAGAUCUCCGGAGUAGACGCAGGUGAAAACUGAACAUUUGUAUCAUCAACUCUGCUUCUUUUUUUUUGUUAGUUGUUAUUCUCACAUUAAUUGUUUGAAGUGUAAUAUAUUUUAUUUAAUUAAAUUAAAUAUAUGUUAUUUUUUGGA